AUGCACUCAGAGAACAACCGGCGCUCGCGCUCGCAAAGACGACGACCGGAACUCAACAUAAACACAUCGUCGCAGGCCAACCGCGACCGGGAUGCAGUGCCCUCCACCCCUCCAGCAAGAGCCAGGGGCAAGCCGCCCGUGUCGAGCCGGGCGCUUAGAGUGCAGCCGCCGUCCAUAUCGAGCACCACAUCGAGCCGAGACGGAGACUUCGAAGACUCCUAUCUAGACAACAUGACGCCGGUAGACGGGGCAAACAAGGAGAACGAUCCAGAUUUCCUCAAUGAUCGCUCCCGAAAGAGUGUGAGGGAUUCACACGAUCUCUCCUUGCCCGCGCGCCAAGUCACCAGGGACUCGCUCGUGACUAACAUGCUCAUGUCGCUCGAUCAAUUCUCGCUGGGACAGAUUCACACUCCGCCAACUUCCAAGUCACCGUUCGACGACGGCCCUAGCUACGGUCCAUCAAGAGGAGACGAAUUGUCCAGGUCCAUGCCCCGACCAACAGCCCACAUGCAUAGUUCACAGAACCACGGCCACUCCCAUGGUUACAGCUCCGACUUGGAAGGAACCGACGACGGUGCCAGCAGGGUAUCAAGUCAAGUCUCUCGGGGGCGACGUAGCAACAGCAGUUCGGGCUUCCAAUCGAGCCUAGGACGCAUCAGCAGCAUGCGCGAGACGACUUCGCAGCGAGGAAACACAAUGACGUCUAGUAGUGGCCGCGCAUUACACUCGAGGGGCGGCAAGACGAGCAAGAACAGCAGUACGAACAGCAUCGAUGCAGGCUAUGCGCAAGUUCUCAGCAAUCAGCGCUGGGCACACGGAAUCGGUGGCCGGUCGUCGAGCUUCGAUUACGGACAAAGACCGUCGCUUACCUUGUCCAACGGGCAUGGGAAUGGAAAUCCAUGGAACAUAGAGUUCUCCAAUACAUUCCUCAGUGACGACUACGAGGCUGCGCCGACCCCAACAGUUCCCGUAGGCCCCCGUCGACCGUAUCAGCCCAUGGCAUCGAUGUCAGCGCCUGCUCCCGUCUUGGAGCCGGAGCCCAAGUCGCCUGCUUUAGAGAGGAAAAGGAGCAUCCGUUCAAGGAGCGGUACGGCAGGGAGAGCUGCUGCUGCGGCCAAGUUUGCUAGUGACAUAGCACCACUACCACCGCCGCCUCCGCCGCCGCCGCCUCCUCCCCCUCUAACACCGCCUUUGGUCGACGCGGACUCUGCGCCGGCGCCACAUGUCGGGUACGAAAAAACCAAGGACAAGGAGCCCGUGCACGGCGGCCCAACCACUACUACCACUACGCAAGCAAAGGAACGACCGGGAUUCUUUAGGAGGGUAUUCGGGUCAUCUAGCAAAACUCUCAAUCAUGCGACUACCUCGGCCCACGUCUCGCCGGCGUCAGUUGAAACAGUCGAGCGUCCCAACUCUCGAACUCAACACAUCGCAUCCCAGAUGAAGCCCAGCUCGACUGCCCCACCAUCCAGAGACUCACAGCACUCCCAGCACCAUGUCAUUCAGAAGAAAUCAUCCUUUUUCCGGCGUCGGAAGAAAUCUGUCACUGAGCCCCCGCCCAUCCCUCAACCGCCAAUCGAUGUCCUUGCAACCCUGGACCCCAUGGAUCUAAGCGUUGAGAGGGCCAAGGGCGUCGACAGAUCCGAGGCAAGCCCUGUCAGCAGCUUGCGGCAGGUUAUGAACCCUUAUCUGAAGGGUGGCGCUUCCUCGGCGCCAGGUGCGCUAAUGGCACCCCGCCGCGAUCGCGGGUCUGUGUCUCCCGAGUAUGAUGUUCAAGAUCGCAACGAGGCUGAAAGAAGAUGCAAAAGCCGGGGCUUUUCGCCCGACUAUGAGCCUAGUCCAAUUGCCACCAUUAGAACCGUCAAGUCGCAGUCUGCAUUAGUGAUACGCAGUGGCGAGUCAGUGGUCGACAAUGCACCCAAAAUGCCUAAACUAAACGGCCCUUCCCGCGAACCUCCCAAAGUGCCUGUGGCGCGGCCUCGAUUGACGCAGAAGACUACAUUUUUUGAGGACAACAGCGAUACCGAGGCUGACAAGCAGCCCAACGAACUUCGUCGUGUAGAAAGCCAGCGCGUACCGGGCGCUUUCCCUGCAUCGCCACCACUUCCGUCCAAGGAGCAUCCUGAGUCCUAUGCAUCCAUCGACGAGCCGAGAUUAGAGGACUUCCCCAUGCCCGUGAAGUCACCAAGCCUACUGCUACAGCCCAACUCAACCGACGAGGAAGAAAAGGCGCGAUGCUCUAGUCUGGGACUUCCCAUCCAGAGCCAGCAGACUUCGAUCAAGACGUCGACUUCGGGCAACAAUACACCUCGCUCUGCGGCCAGCUUGCCCAGCGUGAGGAUAGACACGGCGGAACCCAGCCCAUCGACCAUGGGUUCUCCACUGGACGAGCCCGAAGUGAGCAUUGGGGACAUCACCGAGGACGACCGGAAGAAGGCACAGAUGAUGUACGACGGCAACGAGGAUUUCAUCCAAAAAGAUCGUGCGGCCGCAUGGAUGGGCGAGGAAGGUCCCGUACGUCAGCGUACUCUUGAGGCCUACAUGGAAUUGUACGACUUCGCAGAGCGGAGCAUUCUCAACAGCCUGCGGCAGGUAUGCGACCGUCUCGUCUUGCGUGCCGAAACACAGCAGCUUGAUCGGAUACUAGUGGCCUUCUCCAAGCGCUGGUGUGUCUGCAACCCCAACCACGGGUUCAAAGUUACAGACGUGAUCCAUACGAUGUGUUACUCUAUCAUGCUCUUGAACACCGAUCUUCAUCUUGCAGAUAUUGAGUCCAAGAUGACUCGCAGUCAGUUCGUCAAGAACACCAUGACCACCAUCAAACAAGCCAUCGCCGAUUCUGCACCGAGUGCCUUUGAACGGCCCAGCAUUCUUCCGGGGAAAAAUGCACUUGUGGGCUUGAUGGAAACAGAGAUGCGGCCUUCCCCGGAGAAAGAACCCGAGGCUGAACGCAAAAAUUGGAGAUCAUCUUUCCUGCCUCCACCUAGAUCUGAGUCCCGUCAUGGUGAGCACGGGGAGCAUGAAGAGGAUAUAUGUGGCCCUCUUGUCAAGGCACCGUUUAAUGGCACGAUGCGCGCUUGGGAGGGCCAAAUGGAGCUGGUGUUGAAGGAUAUAUACACCUCCAUUCGCGAUGAGAGGCUGCCGUUGUUUGGAGCACCUCCGGAGCAACAUGCUCCGCAGCAGGGUAGUGGGCUCUCGGUCAUGGGUAUGCUGAAGCGCACCCCCAGUGUCCUCAGCAAGGCACCAUCUGAAGGUGCCUCUGCUCGUGGCAGACCUAACGAUUUCAAUCGCCCUAAUGCUGGACGCUGGAGCUCCAAGAGCCGGUCGAGACCAAGGAUUGGAAACAACGGCUUUUCCUCAAGCCGUACCAGCUUCGAAGACGGCAACUCAUUGUGGAGCCCAACCGUCUCAUCUGCCACCUGGAGCCGUUACUCACUUGGCCGUACGCAAACCUCGAGUCUAUCGGUCAACUCCUUAGGCUCUUCCUAUCCACAUAGCGACUUUCAGCAGUCGAUUGGGUUCGCCAAUGCCCUUUCGCAGGCCAUUAUCCGCGAGGACGGACCGAUGGGCAGUUCCCAGUCCAUCAUGAGCGACGAGGAUACUGAUGCGGUACUCCUAGACGACGAGUCGCUCGAGCUCACUGGGCCCCCCUUCGCCAAGGAGGGCAUGGUGAUCCACAAACACCACCUUGACGGGAUGGACAAGCGGGCCAAGGAUAGGACCUGGGUUGAAGUGUUCGCCGUCAUCCAAAAAGGCACCAUGAGCCUCUUUUCCUUUUCCACCAAGUCUAUGCGUCAGAAGGCACGGGUUGGUCGAAAGCAGAUGCCGGGAGCUGUGGUGGGCGGCGGCAACUGGCAGGAAAAUGCUACUAACCUAGGCACAUUCUCAGCUCAUGUGUGGGCACUCAGCUUACCCACCGGUGCUGUGCACCUCUUCCAGGUCGGCACCCCAGAACUCAGCAAGGAAUUCGUCAUCACGGUCAACUAUUGGUCUGCUCGACUGUCGACACAUCCCCUUGUUGGUGGCAUCUCCAACAUUGAGUAUGGCUGGAGCGAUGCCUGCAUCAACAAUGCCCUAGUGACCGCUAUUAAUGAUAACGGUCCUCUCCCGCCGCGUCCUGGCUCCGCCGUCCCCGGUCGCACGAGCAUGCAUAGCCGCAGCGGCAGUCGGCAGAGUAGCCUGCGCUCCUCAUUUGAUGUCGGCGGUGGAAGCAACAGGGCCAAGUUGCCCGGUGACCGGAUUCAUAUUUCCGACUGGCAAGCGCCCGCGCAAUCACUGCGCCCGAGCAACUGCAGUGAGGCGGAACAGUACGAGACCCUGCUCGCCUACGUUCGUGGCAUCGAGGAGGAGCUGCAAAAACAUAACCAAUUGCGCUCGCCUAUGCUCUUGGCCUUUACGCCGCGCAGUACGAACGCUCAAAGGGCAUUGGCCAACUGGGAGAAGAAGAGCCAGUACCUAUUAAGGGAGAUUGUGAAGUUCCAGACAUACGUCGAUUGUCUGCAGCAUGCUGAACAACGUCGCACGGAGAUUUACCACGAAAGGGAUAACGCCAGGCGCGCGGCCAACGGGGAAGACAUUAGCGGCGAUGAGAGCGGCGAUGAAGAUAUUACGUUACGACUCGAUUGAGAAGUUCCGAGGUGUCCAAAUCACUCAUAUUUACCUGCCUUUGUUCGCCAACAUUACGUAUCACUUCGACUUGUCGUUAUUACUUCAUUUAGCCUUAUCACUAUCAUAUUUCUACUUUUUGGGUUACGGAAAUCUUUCGAAGGGGAUACGGAGCGACGAAGACCAAGAUCAGAGGCUAGAAAGGAAGAAGGAAGCAUGCCCGGUGUUUGUUCUGUUACUCUCUUUUGGACCAUGGGUUGUUGGCUUCUUGAUACCCUUCCACACUAUAUUGCUUUGCUUUGUUUUUUUUUUCGUUUGUGAAUUGCUGAGGCGAUCGAUGGGUUAUUAGCGUAGCAGAUGGUGCGGGAUGAGAAAUAUACCGUAUAUUUGUUAUAUAAAAAGUGUAUUUAGCAGUGAACUGUUGAGGCUGGGUUGUAAUGUGCUGCAUAUUCAGAUCAUGGUUGUGCUCUUUGUGUGCUGUCACCAUACCGCCCGGGGAGGCUGGC